CGAACAUUGACGAGUCCGACUUGGACUUGACCAUCAUCACACAUCUCAUACCUCGCCCUCUGCAGUAACUCUGCAGCGUUGAGAAGAUGGGUCUCCUAACCAUCAUCCGUAAGAGCCGCCAGAAGGAGAAGGAGAUGCGCAUCCUCUUCCUCGGUCUCGAUAACGCGGGGAAGACUACGAUCUUGAAGAAGCUGAAUAACGAAGAUAUCAUGAGCAUUAGCCCUACACUUGGCUUCAAUAUUCGCACCUUCACGUACAAUGGAUUUACUCUGAACAUCUGGGACGUCGGUGGCCAACGCACUCUACGCCCUUAUUGGCGCAAUUACUUUGAGCAGACGGACGCCAUCGUCUGGGUCGUCGACUCCGGUGACCGCAUGCGCAUGGAAGAUUGCAAGCAAGAACUGCAUGCUCUACUGACUGAAGAUCGCCUCUCGGGCGCUUCUCUGUUGAUCUUCGCCAACAAGCAAGACCUCCCAGGAGCCAUGUCGUCGGCGGGAAUUUCCGAAGCCAUCGACCUCCCCUCCAUCCACUCCCACAAUUGGAAGAUACAGUCUUGCAGCGCUGUCACCGGCGAGAACCUCCUCGAGGGCUUGGACUGGGUCGUUAAUGACGUUGCCGGGCGAUUAUACUACGGUGCAGUGGCAAACAACGCUGCCGCAGUGCAAGCGGGAACGUCGUCGAGGAUGCAGAUGUUGCCGCCGAAGACGGUAGCUGCUUGACGCGCAGGACUUCUUAUAUACUCCUCAAGAAGACACUGUACUAUCCCUUUGUGGGCGUCGCCGAAUAUGUUCUCACAGGUGCAAAUCAUACUGCGCACCCAUGAGCAGACAGCGUGGUAGGCGGCAGGGUGCCAUUGUGUAAUGUUGAGUAGAGUUUGCGACUUCUGCGUACUUUGUGCAUACAUUCUGUUGUCUAUCGGAACUGACGGCUCCCUCAGUUAUGCGGAUUCCUCCAUUUCCUUGAGAGUAGGGCCCAAGUGCUUCCUGAACGUCGCUCUCAGCUUACUCGCUACCGAAACAUCGCCCGGCAUGCGCAACUGCGGCGAAACAAUCCCACAGACCCCGUUCUUGGGAUCAAUGAAC